AUGCACGUUUGCAGCCCCGCCCCCGCCCCUCCCUCCGGCGGCGCCCUCGCGUGGGACGAGUCGACGCAGGGCCUCCUCCUCGGCAGCUACUUCUACGGGUACAUCGUGACCAACAUCGCGGGCGGGCGGGCGGCGGAGCGGCUGGGCGGGCGCAAGGUGUUCGGGCUGGGCGUCGUGCUGAGUGCCGUCCUCACCCUCCUGUCGCCCGUGAGUGCCACCACCUCCACGGCACUCUUCGUCGCCGUCAGGAUGCUCGUCGGAGCGGCGUCGGGCGUGGUCUUCCCCGCCAUGAACGCGCUUCUCUCGCUGUGGAUUCCGCCUUCAGACAGAGCCAAGUUCUCCACCGUCGUCUUCGCAGGCUUAGACUUCGGCAAGAUGGUGGCUCUCCCGGUCACCGGCUGGCUCUGCGCCUCCGGGACUCUCGGCGGCUGGCCCCUCGUCUUCUAUGUCUUCGGCGGCGUCAGUCUCCUGUGCGGCGCCCUCUGGUUCCUGCUGGUGAGCGACUGUCCGGAGGCGCACCCGAGGAUUUCGCAGCAGGAGAGGGACUACCUCGUGCGGCGCUGCGGCAGAAGGCCCGGGAAUAACGGUCCUAUUCCAUGGAAGGGAAUGAUGACGUCACUGCCCGUUUGGUCGCUUAUAAUAGCACACGUCGGACACAACUGGGGCAGUUACACUCUCAUCACGCAGCUGCCGACUUACCUCAAGAACAUUUACCAAUUUGACAUACAGAGUAACGGCCUGCUCUCAGCCUUCCCCUACCUUACCAUGUGGGUCUUCAGCAUGGGCUACAGUGGCUUCAUGCACAAAGUAUCCCACAGGAUUUCCGUCCUUAGCGUCAGAAGGAUCUCAAUGGCUGUUGCUGCCUACGGGCCGAUGUGCGGACUCCUGACCCUGUGCAUCGUCGACCUCAGCGCCGCCAUGACCGUAGCGGUUCUCUGCGCCGUGGUUGGCAUCAGCGGCGCCAUGUACUCGGGCUACAUGUGCUCGCACCAAGACCUGGCACCCAAUUACGCCGGCACUCUCUUCGGCAUCACGAACACGCUGGCCAAUAUACCCGGGUUCGCUGCCCCUCAGCUGACCGGCGCCAUCACGGAAGGGAACCAAACCGUGAGCGCCUGGAGGAGUGUUUUCCUCAUCUCCUCCGCCGUCUACUUCAUCUCCGGGACCGCCUACCUCCUGUUCAUCAGCGCGGACAAGCAGCCCUGGAACGACGCUUCUCCCGGGACGAAAGGGGAGGAGGAACUCGGGGUGGUCGCGGAGAAGACAAAAUCACUGGACGACUGAUUUUCUUUCCUCUU